UUGUAGUGCAAGUAUGAUUGUGAAAAUAAAAAUGGCAGCUCCCAUGUCGGCAGCAUUUCCAGUGAUGACAAAACAGGUGACAAAAGUGGUGAAUGACAACCACACUGAUGUUCUAUGCAGCAGGUUUGAUGACAGAUUGCUUCUGGUGGUCUCUCAGCUUCAGAAGUUUGGCACUAUGGUACAGAUCAGUCGGAACAUUGUCCUGGAUGAGAUGCAACAGUCCACAUCGGUAUACUCCACAAAAGUCCUUCUUGGGUCAGAUGAGCCUCUUACCCAUGUCCUAGCUAAAAAUCUAAUAGCUGAGGUGAAAACAACCAAACCCAUUAUCCUAACAAUGUCUCUGAAAGAUACCACCCCACAGACAGUGAAAGCUCUAGCUGCAUUGGUCAAGGAAGUUGUCAGCUGACACAAACAGCCAAUCAGUGAUGAGAUACCAUGUAAAGAAAUCCAACCCAGUCUCAUGAAGUAUGAUGGGUCAAUGACUAUGUGAAGUCAACCGUGAACACAUGGCUUAUACCUAUCAUUCCUAGGGAGGCCUAAUUUGACAGUUAUGAAUUGUGUUUGUCAGUGUACUUCCAAGACGUCACGUACGACACUGUGUAUGAAGUCAAAUACCAGGACAUUGAGAGGUAUAUAGUUGUCCUCAUUUCUUAUGCAGGAGUAAGAGUGAAUGAAUGUUGUUUUGCACUUCAUUUGUAAUAUUUCAUACUGUUGUGUAUGACUCAAAGGAUGUAGAAAAGUGUGGCAUAUCAACUGGUCACACAUUAAGCUUGGAAGUCAAGUUGUCCUUGUCAUGGCCCCAAUGUUAAAAGUUAAAUAUUUAGGGGCCCCUAGAUACAAAUACUUAGCAGCAAGUCUCAAGGAUCCCAUCUGAUUUCAAACACUGCUUUAUCCAAGUGUUUGACUCACCUCAACAUAGUUCACAACAACAAUAGAAGGAUAUUGUAUGUGAACUACAUUAGAUUGUAUAGAAAAGUUCAGAGGUCAAAUAAAUGAUGAAAUUUGAAGGAAUGUGCUGGGAAUUGAUAAUCAGUUCAACACAACUGAGACUCAUCAAAGCUCAACACAACCGAGAAAUCUCACGAUCAAGACUACAGUGUUCAACUGUAUAAUGAAAUGCUUGCCAAUACUCUGGACUCAUCACAUCAGUGGUAUAUAGAGUGAACAACUGUCUAUGCCAUAGGGGUAGGGGGUCACACUAGGAUGUUUUUGAGCUGUAGCACUUGGAAGUUUAAUCAAUUAGUCAGUUGAUAGUUUAUCCAUGCUUUGAAUAUGUAGAUCUGUUAAUCAUGUUAAUCAUUCAGUCAAAGAUUGUAUGAUAUCAAUAAGCUCCAAAUGUUUACAUAUUUGAAAAUGAAGACCAUGUGUACAUGCAGUGCCUGAAAUAAGCAUGUUGGUUGAGUUAAUGUUGGCCAUGAUGUAAACAGCUUGUUUCUCAUCUGGAAGUGAGUGUUGGUUUUAUUUAAAUGCAUAUACACUUAGUGGUACAGGGUCUCUGAGAUCCUCAAAGUUAGGAACAGCUAACUGCAUACCACUCCCACCAGAACUCCCACUAUCUGCAGGAGUCCUCUUGUUAGUGUGUCACAGCUGAUUAAUGACCACAAGCUCUUCUGUACCAGAUGACAUGUGUGUCUGUGUGCCUGCUUGCACGUGCAGAAAAAAAUUGUCUGCUUUUAAAAUAUUGAUAUUUGGGGAUUUUGAUGUACUUUCGAAACACAUUAAAUGUUCUGCAGAUUAAAAAAAGGAUAUUGGUCAACUUGAAGCUAAACCAUUUAAAUUUACACUUAUUGUGCAUACUAUAAUGGUCUUAUUAAUGCUUUCAAAAGAGGGCAAGACAUGUUACAAAGUAUAACUCUUUUACCAUGAAACAUUUAUCAAGUCAAUUAUGUACGAAAAUAUCAACAGUACAGUAGAUCGAUGAAUAAUUAACACAAAUGUUCAAAAUUAACAAAUUAAGUUUUUACAUGUACCAGAAACAAUACAUACAAACUGGGUUCAUAUCUGCUCCUCAGCCAAGCCCCUGCUCUAUGCAUCAGCCUAAAAGGGGCCAGGAACCAGUUCAGUCACCUAAGUUGCAUGAAGGAUGCAGGGGCACAGAUGCAACUUAACCUGAAGCCUUUAGGGGCAAGGGUAGCCCAGUCAUAUCAGGCACCACAAUUCGCUGUGCACAGUUGCUUCCCUUGGGCAUGCCAGAAACCUAUGAUCGUGGGUUCGUAUCCUGGUUUGCCCCAAUUAUGUUUUUAGGUUUGUCAGCACCAUACCCGUGCUCUUGGGUUUCACCGAAGUGGUAAACGUCUGAGACAUGCAUCACUUCGGGCUUUCCUCCCACAUUAAGCUGACAUGCUGUGAUAUAACUGGAAUGCUGUUGAAAGCGCCAUUCAACCCAAGCCAAGGGACGCAACUCUGCACAGCGAAUCGCAGCGCCUUAGAUGACUGGGUCACCUGUGCCCCCCCCCAUAUGGAUGAGCCCCAUUGAUGCCCUCAUUCAAAGAGGAACACAAUAAUAUCUUCACUCUUUUAAAGUGUGAUGCCCCAGCUCUUGGUGGCAGUUGUGGUUUUUGUUAAAUGCAUGCCUGGAAUCUCCACAUGUGUUUGGGGUGAAGCAGUUGUGUGUUUAUAAUGAGCAAGUGUUGAUCUGUUAACACAUAUGUGUUUCAUUCAUUUUUUUAUUUUGUUUAAAAAAAUAAAUGAAUUAAAAGAAA